AUGAUUCACGAGGAAUCCGUCCGGCCUGAUGCGACGAAUGCGUUCAUACUGAACAGUAAGUAUGACUGGGAUCUCUGGUACAGACAGAUUAAAAGCAUGGCCAUUUCCUGGCGGAUUUGGGACUUUGUGGAUCCAGAUGGGUCAAUCAUCCUAAAUUUUCCCGUACAACCGUCGCUCUUUGAUGAUGCUAUGGACUCGACGGAAUCAACACCAAAGGAACCAACACCUCAAGUUGACGAAAACCCUGACGAAGCGGAAGCGGAAGCGGAAGCGGAAGCGGAAGCAGGAACUUCAGGGGUAACAAGAUCGAAAUCGACUUCUGUUGUUCGCCCUCGGACGACUUCGGGGGGACAGCGGCUACCGGAAAAACCUGCGCCCACAGACAAGAUUGAGGAAGAUGAUUCGAAUCACUUCUUCAAGAGACGAAAGAAGCCAAUACAAAUCCCCUUUGGCACGUGGCUUCAAGUGAGCGCAAACUUGUAUUCCGCGGAGUUUUCCCAAUUCGAAAUGUAUACCCGUUCAUUGGAAAGAUACACAGCUUGGCUUGAACAGACAUUGUGUGCCGAAUACAGGUAUCUUGUUGUCAUGGAAGCAUCAGCACGAGAGAAGAUUCGGCAACUCAUCUUCCACGUAAGGCCUCUGACGUUGGUCCUCAAACACCAUCUCGAUGACAAAUUUCGUCAUGUCAUGACCCAGAACCUCGAUAAAGUCAACAUCGACACCUGGUUAAACGAAAUUUCAUUGUUAUAUAUGAGGCUCCGCGACGUGCAGUCAAUCCUCGCUUUUAAUACGGAGCCAUUAACCAUGCUCAUCAGGUGCCUUGGACAUCGAUACCCGAUGAUACGAUAUAGAAUCAUCAACAGAAUGGUCAAGGCUUCACAAGCUGGCCAACAGCUCGAUUUUUUAGACACUAUACAGUCCACCCGGAGGUUUAUUGAAAUAUUUGAGGAGCUCGACAUAAGAGACAGGUCAAUCCACCGCACCGUUGUGGAAGAUGGUGACAAUGGAAGCGAGUUUUCGCUUGAGACAGUCGAAAAUAUACCUUCUACAUCGGAUGGCAAAGAUUGGAAGGAGAUAAAGGAAGGAAAGAAGUCUUGCAAGUACUGUUCCAAUUACCACAUCAAAAAAGGCACGCACGGUAAGGAGCAUUUCAAAACCUGCUGGGUAUUGACGCCUUCGCUGGCCCCAGAACCUAUCCGGUCGCGGCUGAAGAAGACGGAGAAGAGAGCUGCAAUGGCCGAGAUGGAAAAGGAAAGCCAAGAAGUGCAAGCUGCCUUCGAGGCUUUCCAGCUCUCCCUCGCAUAG